UGUAUUACUGUGCUAUUCUUUGAAAUGUGAGCGAGGACUACCCUCCUCCUUCUUCUUCUUCUUCUUCUUUUUCUUUCUUUUUUUCUCUUUCAUUUCCUCAACGCUGACUGGCACCUCAAGCGAUACGAUUAGCUCGACUACGGUAAUGGGAAAUCAGCCAAGUAAAGAUAACUACAAUCUGAAUAAUAGUCAUAACAAUCAACGCCGUGUUCGACCACUGAAUACAGCAGCCUAUUACCACAAAUAUACCAAUAAUCAAAUCAAUAACAAAAACAAGACUGUGGUUAGCCCUGUCAAGCAUCAGUUGGUGUUGACAGAUCAGAAGUCUCCAUUAAUCUCUUUGAAUUCAGUCACUACAACAACAAAUACGGGCAGCCGACUUGGACAACAGCACUCCCCACAUUCUCGAAGAGGUUCCAAUAAAAGUAAUUAUAGUACAGCGAGUAGUCAUCAGAGCAACAAAAAGAAAAAGCCGCCUCCAUCGAUGCAGAAGGGCCAGUAUAAAGAGACAGAUGAAGAGGCAGAUAUUGAAUUGUGUCUGAAUGAAUUGGUCAUCAAUACGUAUAAACCAAUUGCAUGGAUGUCACCCAAACAAAAGGAAAAGCGCACGCAUCAGAAGAGCGAGAAAUAUCCACCGCAAGACAGCAUCAAUAGUAAUUGCAACGAUCCCAUCGAGGAGAAGGCGGAUAGUAGGGAAGAUCAUUGGGUUUACGAGUACGGCGCCGAAAAGGAAAGAGAUAGACAGACAAGACAACAUUAUGUGUUAAAGCAAGUAUUUGGUAGCAAUAUUCAUGUAGAGUUGAAUCAGCCUAAAAAAAUACUCGAGAGUGCAUGCGGGGUAGGUCUGUGGUCAUUAGAAGUGGCUCAAGCAUAUCCUCAAUGCCAAGUGAUAGGUAUUGAUGUCGUACCCCCUUCAGAAAAAGGUGGCUGGCAUUUACCAUCCCUUGCCCCAUCCGCCGUAGCACCAGCAGCAUCAGCAGCAGCAGCAGCAGGGAGCUUCAGCUAUAACAAUCCAUCUUCUGCAGGACAGAAAAAGACAUCAUCAACUACCGUCACAAUGAAUACCGCAACAGCUACCACAAUAGCUACCGCAACAGCCAUGAAAGAUACAAACGUCACCUAUCAGUACGGCGAUAUCCUUCAGCAGAACUUACCUUUUGCCAAAGAUUAUUUUGAUUUUGUAUAUCAAAGGGAUGUGGCUACAGUACUCCCAUUCAACUCUUGGCCACGACUCAUUGCUGACUUUUACAGGAUUUUGAAACCUGGAGGCCAGAUACAAUUAGUAGAAUAUGAUUUAUUAUUUAGAAGCCCAGGACCGCUAUUGACACAAGUCAAUGAGUGGUACCGUGAAGCAGCAGAGAGCAUAGGCGUUAACCCCGAAUAUUCUAAUCAUUUGUCCGAAUAUUUACGAGAGGCUAAUUUUACAGAUGUUCGAACCAUGGUGUUUGAUAUACCUAUUGGUGAAUGGCCAUCUUCAUUAUUGGAGAAGCAACAUGGCUAUCUGUAUAAAGAACAAAUGAAAGCGUUAUUCAAGUCAAUGAAAAAGUGGUGGUGCACAAAGAUUCACGUAUCUCCGGAAGAAUACGAUCGUGUUUGUGCGGAAGCCUUGGAAGAGUUUGAACAAUAUCACUGUGAGGCUCGUUGGAAAAUUUUCACCGCAAAGAAGCCUUUGGAAGAAAUCGAAACAAAAUAAAAACCUUGGGAAAAUAUCCUUUCAUAUCAGCUACCUAUGUAGCAAAUUCUUGCCUUUUGGUGUAUUACAAAUUCUUAUCUAUUUCCUGUACUGCAACUAGUUGUUUUGUCACUCCAGUACGAGUAGCAUUCCUAAUAAUGCUUUUUUUAGUCUAUCAGUAAUUUUAUGUGUACCCAGCGAUGUGAUAACAUUCAGG